CUCACUCGCACUCCCAUAUCUCCUGUGUAUUUUUUGGGGGGUGAGGGUGUGUGUGUGUUUGUGUGUGUGUUUAAAAGACAAGAGGAGUGUGUAUUGGUGCCCUUGCAUUUCAGAGGACUGAUAACUCCCCAGGAUGCAUCAGCUGCUAGCGGUGACUUUAGUGCUGGUGACACUCUGCUCUCUAGGGAGUGUGGAUUCUUCAGCUUAUGACAAGAUAGUCAGCCACAGUCGCAUACGGGCCAGGAAGGAAGGACCCAAUGUGUGCGCUUUGCAGCAGGUCAUGGGGACUAAAAAGAAGUACUUCAGCACAUGCAGGAACUGGUACAAAGGCUCCAUCUGCGGCAAGAAGGCUGUGGUGCUUUAUGAGUGCUGUCCUGGGUACAUGAAGCUGGAGGGUGCGAGAGGAUGCCCUGCAGUGGCUCCCAUUGACCAUGUGUAUGGUACGCUGGGGCUCAUAAAGGCUACGACCACACAACAAUACGCUGACAUGUCAAAGCUGAGAGAGGAAAUUGAAGGCAAAGGCUCCUUCACCAUGUUUGCACCAAGUAAUGAAGCCUGGGAUCAGCUGGACCCUACUAUACGGUCUGCACUGGUGAGCAACGUGAACAUCGAGCUGUUCAACUCUCUUCACUUCCACAUGGUUAACCGCCGUCUUCUGACCAAAGAAAUGAAGAACGACAUGAGUGUCACUUCCAUGUACAAUAACCUGGGGCUCUACAUCAACCACUAUUCAAAUGGGAUUGUGACAGUGAACUGUGCAAGGAUCAUCCACGGUAACCAGAUUGCCACAAAUGGUGUGGUGCAUGUCAUUGAUCGGGUCAUCAGCGCUGUGGGCAGCACCAUCAAGGAAGUCCUGGAUGUUAACGAUGAUCUCUCCUCCUUCAACGCGGUGGCAUUGACUUCUGGUUUGAUGGACAAGCUGGACCAGCCUGGCCACUAUACACUGUUUGCUCCCACUAACAAAGCCUUUGACAGACUGGGCCCAGGCUAUCUGGAGCGUAUUAUGGGAGACAAGGCUGUUAUUACAGCACUGGCAAACUACCACCUGUUGAACAGUGUCCAGUGUUCAGAAGCAAUCAUGGCAGGGUCAGUGUAUGAGACAGCAGAAGGCAGCACCAUAGAGAUCGGCUGUGACGGCGACAGUCUGACAGUCAAUGGCAUCAAGAUGGUGCUGAAGAAGGACAUUGUUGCUACGAAUGGUGUCAUCCACCUCAUCGAUCAGGUGCUCGUCCCUGACUCAGCCAAGGAAGGGAAGGAACUGUUGGGAGACCUCCAGAGCACUUUCAGUGACAUGGUGUCCGAAUUGGGCUUAGCCUCUCUCUUGGGUCCGAAGACAGAGUACACACUCCUUGCUCCUGUCAACGCUGCCUUCACUACCGAAGUGAUGUCAACAGACCAGAGCCUACUGAGAUUAAUUUUGGAAAACCAUAUUUUGAAGCUGAAAAUCACGCUGAGUGAGCUCUACAAUGGACAGCUGCUGGAAACGCUGGCUGGCAAACUGCUCAGAGUCUUCAUUUACCGCACUGCUGUGUGCAUAGAAAAUGCAUGUAUGCAGCGUGGCAGUAAAGUGGGUAGCAAUGGUGCCCUCCAUGUUAUGAAGUCCUUCAUCAAACCUGCCGAGAAAACAAUGUAUGAGCUCCUGAUUGCUGACGGACGGUUCAAGAUUUUCCUGUCGCUGAUGGAGACAGCCGGUCUGACUGAUUUGCUGAAGCAGGAAGGCUCCUACACCAUCUUUGCACCAACUGAUGAUGCCUUCGAUGGCCUCAGUAGAGAAGACCUUGCUCUGCUCAAAAGUGAUCUGAAUGCUCUGAGGAUCAUUCUGCUGUACCACUUCAGUAAUGGAGUCUUCAUCAAUGGAGGAUUAGAGGGAGGGGUUACCAAUCUGCUCAAAACCCUCCAGGGCAACAACCUGCAAGUUAUAUCUGUAAACAACUCUAUUCAUGUCAACUCUGUCGAUGUGCCAGACAGUGACCUGAUGGCAACAAAUGGUGUGAUCCAUGUGGUGAAAAAUGUUCUCUAUCCCGGAGACCUUCCAGUGGGCCGCCAGGACCUCCUGGUCCUCCUGAAGAAACUGAUCAAGUACAUCCAGAUAAAGUUUGUUUCUGGAUUUUCUUAUGCUGAGAUCCCACUCACCUUCCUCAAGAGGACCAUCACAACUACACAUUACAUUGAAACAGUCCCUGAUGUAACAAAGGUGACCAGGAUCAUUGAGGGUGAACCCACUGUAACUAAGGUUACCAGGGUCAUCGAGACAGAACCGACAGUAACUAAGGUGGUCAUCGAGGGCGAGCCAGUGAUCACUAAGGUAACCAGGGUCGUCCAGGGAGAUCCUUCCAUCACAAAAGUCACCAGGGUCAUCGAGGGAGAUCCUUCCAUCACAAAAGUCACCAGGGUCAUCGAGGGAGAUCCUUCCAUCACAAAAGUCACCAGGGUCAUCGAGGGAGAUCCUUCCUUGACAAAGGUAACCAGGCUCAUUGAGGGAGAUCCUUCCCUCACAAAAGUCACCAGGGUCAUCGAGGGAGAUCCUUCCAUCACGAAAGUAACAAGGGUCAUCGAGGGAGAUCCUUCCGUCACAAAAGUAACCAGGGUCAUUGGAGGACAGCCUACCAUUACCAAGGUUACAAGAGUUAUCGAAGGUGGAGAUCUUGAUGCAAGUGAAAAGACAAUUACAGGUGGAACCAGAUACACCACGUCGAACGAGCCUCAUAUCAUUGAGGGACCAGACUUCUCUAAGAUCACCACCAUCCACAGCAACCCAAAUCUGAUCGAUGAGGAAUCAGAGAGAAUUACCAAAUUAAUUAAAGAGGGAGGUAGAUUUGCUGCUGCCAGGAAAGCUCCAGCUGGAAUGAGGAGGAGAACAAGGCUGGUCAGGCGUCACCACAAGCCAAGGGAGUGAAUCCAGCAGGGAGAAAACACCUUUGGGCUCACCGCAAAGACUGAAUGCAUCUCCAGUGCUCCUGGUUGAGCACUGGAGGACUGAAAAACUGUGGACUAAUAGGGAGAGAUCAGAUCAAUCGAGCUGUUUCUUUAUUCAAACCCCAAAUAAGAAUAAUUGUUUACUACACCACCUGUACACCAUACAGUGUGUGAUAAGCAUAAUGUGUUAUAGUAAUGCAAUGACAUUAGAAUACCCUUCAUGUAAUUAUUGUAAGUGUGAAAGGGAAAUAUGGACUUUUGCCGUGGGGUAGGUGGUGUGUAAGGUGAGGUGAAAUAUAUUCUACCACUGAGAGAUUUUUUUUUUAAAGGUUUGCUUUUUUAAAAAUCAUGUCACUUUGUAUACUGAUGGCUUGGGAAGAUUUUUGUAUGCUUUUUAUGGUGCUCGCAUUCUGAAUGAUGGAUGCAUUUUAAUGAAUACGACAAAUGAAACAGUGUCAAACUGUGUUUUGCGACCAUUAGAUGCUGUAAUGUACCUCUGUAAAUUAUCACAUGGUAAUUAAAAAAUACAGUGAAUUUUUAUACUGUUUUUAUUCAUUACUUACAGUUUCCAUGAGAGUCAUGACUAAACCAAAAUGUUUCAUGCUGUUGAAUGUGACCUUGACUUGUAUAUGUCCUUGAGCAACCAGGCUUCACAAUCAUAUUUGCUUUUACCUAAAACCAAAAAAGUGGCAAAUAAAUGUGUAAAUAAAUUGUGCAUGGUGACAAAGCA